AAAUAUAAACCCCAUCUGACCAAACCCUAGUGUGUGCUCGCCAACACAGAAAACCAAGCAGAGACAAUACAGACGAACAAAGAAAAACCCUAGCCCUAAAUACACAGCACACACACAAUAUAAAGAUCUCCCAAUUGAUCUGAUCAAAAUUGAGGUAAGUUCUCACAAACCUCUCAAUCUAUCGGUCUCUCAAAAUCCCUUGGUGUUGUUCACUGUUCAUCCAAAUCUUGAACCCCGGAGACAUUGCGAGAAAAACCCAUAAGCUAAAAGUUGUCAAUUUUUUUUUUCCUGGGAAAACUUUGUUUAUGCAAAAAAGUGUGCGGAAGUAAAGGAAAGCGUAUUGAGGUUUAGGAUUUUUAGGGGUUUUAGAAGAAUGGAUGAUUUGGAGAAGGCUAUUCUUAUAUUGUUCGAUGAAUCGGGUUCUAUUGAUGAAGGAUUGAAAAAGAAGGCCAAGGAUUAUUGUGAUGAAAUCAAGGAAAAACCUUCAAUUUGUAGUAUUUGUAUUGAUAAAUUGUGCUUUUCAGGCAUAGUUCAGGUCCAAUUUUGGUGUUUACAGACACUUCAUGAGGUUAUUCGGUUCCGGUACGCAUCCAUGAGUCCGGAUGAGAAGUUUUUCAUUAGAAAAUCAGUGUUUUCGAUAGCGUGUUUGGAAGCUGUCGAUGAUAAGAAUGUUGCUAGGGUUAUAGAGGGUCCUGCAUUUAUAAAGAACAAGCUUGCUCAGGUUUUGGUUACUCUGAUUUAUUUUGAGUAUCCUUUAAUUUGGUCCUCCGUGUUUGUUGAUUUUUUGCAUCGCCUGCACAAAGGGGUUCUGGUGAUAGAUAUGUUUUGUCGGAUUUUGAAUGCGUUGGAUGAUGAAGUGAUUAGUUUGGACUAUCAGCGAACGCCUGAAGAGUUGGUGGUCGCCACGCAUAUUAAGGAUGCGAUGAGGCAGCAGUGUGUGGCUCAGAUAGUGAGAGCGUCAUAUGACAUUGUGUCACUGUAUAGGAAUUCUGAUCAGGAACUCUGUACAAGUGUAUUAGAAUCAAUGAGGAGCUACAUUUCUUGGAUUGACAUUGGUUUGAUUGUGAAUGAUGUGUUUAUCCCGCUAUUGUUUGACUUGAUUUUGGUUGGUGGGCUGUCGGAACAACUCCGUGGUGCUGCGGCUGCAUGUUUGUUGGCAGUGGUUUCUAAGCGGAUGGAACCACAAUCUAAACUGUUACUGUUGCAGAAUCUUCCUAUAAGUCGGGUUUUUGGGUUGGUUGCUGAAGAUGGUGAUUCUGAGUUGGUUUCAAGCAUUGCUGCACUGCUCAGUGGGUAUGCAGCGGAAGUUCUAGAAUGCUUUAAACGGUUAAAUUCUGAGGAAGCGAAGGGUGUUUCAAUGGAGCUUUUGAAUGAAGUCUUGCCUUCAGUUUUUUAUGUAAUGCAGAACUGUGAGGUUGAUGCAGCAUUUAGUAUAGUGCAAUUUCUUUCGAGUUAUGUUGGCACAAUGAAAAGCCUCUCUCCUUUAAGGGAGAAGCAACUGCUUCACGUUGGUCAGAUACUAGAAGUGAUCCUGACACAUAUUCGCUAUGAUCCUACAUACCGCAAUAAUCUCGAUAUAUUGGAUAAAAUUGGGAGGGAGGAGGAAGAUAGGAUGGUGGAGUUUAGGAAGGAUUUAUUUGUGCUGCUUCGUAAUGUGAAUCGUGUAGCUCCUGAUGUUACUCAGGUAUUUAUCAGAAAUUCAUUAGCUAGUGCUGUUGCAUCUUCACCUGACAGGAAUGUUGAAGAGGUGGAAGCUGCACUUUCUCUUUUUUAUGCUCUAGGGGAGUCGAUAAGUGAUGAGUCGAUGCGAACCGGAAGUGGACUUUUGCGUGAGUUGGUGCCAAUGCUUUUAUCAACUAGGUUUCCUUGCCAUUCUAAUAGGCUAGUUGCCCUUGUGUAUCUAGAGACAGUAACAAGAUAUAUGAAGUUUAUUCAGGAGAAUACCCAAUAUAUUCCUAUUGUUCUGGCUGCCUUUCUUGAUGAAAGAGGUAUACACCAUCCAAACAUCAAUGUCAGCCGAAGGGCAAGUUAUCUGUUCAUGAGGAUUGUAAAAUUGCUGAAAGUUAAGCUUGUGCCUUUUAUAGAGACAAUUUUGCAGAGCCUGCAAGACACAGUUGCUCGAUUUACAAGUAUGGAUUAUGCAUCAAAAGAUCUUACAGGAUCUGAAGAUGGUAGUCACAUUUUUGAGGCAAUUGGCUUAUUGAUUGGGAUGGAAGAUGUACCGCUGGAAAAGCAAUCUGAUUACCUCUCUGCAUUGCUCACUCCUCUUUGUCAACAGGUUGAGGCGUUGCUCAUGAAUGCAAAAUUAUUAUCUCUGGAAGAGGCUCCUGCAAAAAUUGCUGUUAUCCAGCAAAUAAUCAUGGCAAUUAAUUCUCUCAGCAAGGGUUUCAGUGAGCGCCUUGUAACUGCUAGUCGCCCAGCAAUUGGUCUCAUGUUCAAGCAGACACUGGAUGUUCUUCUCCAAGUUCUUGUCGUUUUUCCAAAGGUAGAGCCUUUGCGGAGUAAGGUCACGUCAUUUAUACAUCGCAUGGUGGAAACUUUAGGAGCAUCUGUAUUCCCAUACCUCCCCAAGGCAUUGGAGCAACUGCUUGCAGAAAGUGAGCCAAAGGAGAUGGUUGGUUUUCUUUUGUUACUCAAUCAACUUAUAUGUAAGUUCAACACGUUGUUCCGUGAUAUAUUGGAAGAAGUAUUUCCUGCUAUUACUGGGAGGAUAUUUAGUGUUAUCCCAAGAGAUGCAUUUCCUUCAGGACCUGGAACCAAUACUGAGGAAAUCCGUGAAUUGCAGGAGCUUCAGAAAGGAUUAUAUACAUUUCUUCAUGUAAUAGCUACACAUAAUCUGUCUUCUGUUUUUCUGUCCCCCAAAAGUAGGGCCUACUUGGAUCCAAUGAUGCAGUUGCUAUUGUACACGUCUUGUAACCAUAGGGAUAUUCUUGUAAGAAAGGCAUGUGUUCAGAUAUUUAUUACAUUGAUUAAAGAUUGGUGUGCCAGGCCUUGUGGCGAAGAAAAGGUCCCUGGUUUCCAAAAAUUCAUAAUCGAGGCCUUUGCAACAAAUUGUUGUUUGUAUAGCUUGCUUGACAAAUCGUUCGAGUUUCGUGAUGCAAAUACUCUUGUUUUGUUUGGAGAAAUUGUGCUGGCUCAGAAGGUCAUGUAUGAAAAAUUUGGCGAUGAAUUUCUCAUUCAUUUUGUAUCGAAAGGUUUUCCAGCUGCACAUUGCUCUCAAGAUUUGGCAGAGCAAUACUGUCAGAGGUUGCAGCAGGGUAGUGAUAUCAAGGCCUUGAAAUCAUUCUAUCAGUCGCUCAUUGAAAAUUUAAGGAUGCAGCAGAAUGGAAGCCUUGUUUUCAGAUAGCAUUGAAUGUUAUUGUAUUCCCGGGCUUCAUGUUUUUGUUUUGCUCCUGAGUUGUAGCGACGCAUUUUUGUUCGGCAAAGGGUUGUCUGUGUAUAUAACUUUUGUGCGGCCAUUUUCGGACGAGUUGUAAAUUUUCGGAAGAAAUUUUCUUAAUUAUGGAGGUACGGCCACAUCCAUCAGUCUGGAGCUGCUUAGCCUGCGAUCAAGCUUGUCUAUGUUCUGUUUAUAUCUUCUUCUUCAUCUUCAUUUUUUUUUUUUUUUUCCUUCAGUAAUUAUAUAUUUUCCUUUUCUUGUGGUUAAAUAUUCAUACGCUUACAGUCAUAAUUGAUCAAGUUUUUUUCUCUCUUCCACAACAACACCACCCUCCCCCGGCCCGGACUGCUGGGGCUUAGUUCGUAGAUCAAGUUGUUAUUAAUAUUAUUAUUUUAUUUUUUAUGAGCAA